GAGGGAGGGCGGCGGCGCCGGGCCGGGACCCCGGCUGGCUGAGGCGGCGGCGCGGCCACCGGAGAGCGUGCGGUCCAGCCGGAGGCGGCACCGGGCGGGCCUGAGCGUCGGGGCGUGCCGCCCGGCGGCCGGCGGGGAUGCGGGACCGGCUGCCGGACCUGACGGCGUGUAGGAAAAAUGAUGAUGGAGACACAGUUCUUGUUGUGGAAAAGGACCAUUUUAUGGACGAUUUCUUCCAUCAGGUGGAAGAAAUUAGACACAGCAUCGCCAAAAUAGCUCAAUAUGUGGAAGAGGUAAAGAAGAACCACAGCAUCAUUCUUUCUGCCCCAAACCCGGAAGGAAAAAUAAAAGAAGAGCUUGAGGACCUGAACAAAGAAAUCAAGAAAACUGCUAACAAAAUACGGGCCAAGUUAAAGGCUAUUGAACAAAGUUUUGAUCAGGAUGAGAAUGGGAACCGCACUUCAGUGGAUCUUCGGAUACGAAGGACCCAGCAUUCAGUGCUGUCUCGAAAGUUCGUGGAAGUCAUGACGGGAUACAAUGAAGCACAGACGCUCUUUCGGGAGCGAAGCAAAGGGCGCAUUCAGCGCCAGCUAGAAAUAACUGGAAGAACCACCACGGAUGAGGAGCUGGAGGAGAUGCUGGAAAGCGGGAAGCCCUCCAUCUUCACCUCCGAUAUUAUAUCAGAUUCACAGAUUACUAGACAAGCUCUCAACGAGAUUGAGUCACGUCACAAAGACAUCAUGAAGCUGGAGACCAGCAUCCGAGAGCUGCAUGAGAUGUUUAUGGAUAUGGCCAUGUUUGUUGAGACACAGGGUGAAAUGAUCAACAACAUCGAGAAAAAUGUUAUGAAUGCCACAGAUUAUGUAGAACAUGCUAAAGAAGAAACUAAAAAGGCUAUUAAAUAUCACAGCAAAGCAAGAAGGAAAAUGAUGUUCAUGAUUAUUUGUGUAGUUAUUUUGAUUGUGAUCCUUGGAAUUAUCCUAGCAACAACAUUGUCAUAGCAACCACGUCCCAAAGAGCCAUUUGUCCCUGGAGACCCAGACUUCAUCUGCAGCAGAGUCCGCGUCCCGUCGCUUCAGGAGUGGACGUGGACGCUGCGGCUCCAUGUUGCAUUCACUAACGAGCUCUGUUGGUGAGUGGCAGGGCCGAGGCCCCGCUGCCAGUCCACCCCGCAGAUGCCCAGUGGAUAUGACGCACUGCCCGUGGCCCGAGGCUUGGCACAGACUUAACCGUGUGAGUCUGCUGAAAUCUCAGUGGCCUGGGAAUAAGGAAUGAUUGAAAAUUGCAAUUUUUAAAAACUAUUUCAGUGUUAAAAUGUAUGUGAAGUUUAAUUAGGAAUAAUUUUAUGUUAUGAAGCUAUUUGAUUGCUGGUCUAAGCCUAGCUUUCUUCCCCUCCUCCCAGCUGAUAUAUGCUAAUUAAGAGCCUUUUUAUACUAGGUUUAAUUCAUGUUUAUAUUUUAUUUGCAGAAAGAGUUUUUAUUAUCACAGGGCUGUUUUGUAAGAUAUUUGUAAUUUUGAAUGUUUAUGGAUUGUUUAAUAUAUUAACAUCUAAUUGACCCCUUUUUAUAUGCUAGAUGUGGCCCUGCUAAGGACCUGGACCGGGUUGUGAUACUGGUCCUUGUUAACUGGGGGCGGGGGAGGGGGGCUCUGCAGCUUCCUGUGGUCACACAAACACCUGUUGCAUAGCCUCACGGGCCUUCUGCUGACGGUGACUUAGGGAGUUUGAGCAUGCCCAGUACUGCUCCUGAGAACUCCGGGCUGUUGGAGCCAGCUCAUUGCGGCUACCUGCCCCAGUACUGAGGUAAUAAAUAUUCCUGUCAUAAAGAGCACGGUCUCCUCUGCUCGCAGGCAACCAGAUGGUGUUUCUGUUUACGUUGAUAGAGUCUGAACUUGAGAUGGUGAUGAGACCAAGAUUUAGUGUUCUCUAAACUCAAGGAAAUGUGUCCCAGAUAUUAAGUAAUCCUGGUGAAUUGAAAUUCUUGAAACCUAGAUGUUAAGUACUUAGUAUUCUACUGAACUCUUAAUUCCCAAAGUUUAUGAGUCUGUGAUGCUUAUUGAGGCUUUUAGUUUCAGACUGUGAUUUAUUUUUGCCUUGGGAACUGUCACUCGCGUUAGCAGAGUCCUCGGAGCGGCCCUUCCCGACUGCUGUGAGGGCCUGAGACUGGACUCUGACAUUGUCUGCUCUGAAUUAACAUGUUGCUGGUUUUGUCGCUCACUAAGUGUGAGCAGCAUUGAACGCUUUAGAAACCAUGUUCCUUGUUACACGUAAUUACGAGUUUCACAGCCUGGCUUCCCAUGGCCAUGCGGUGUGCUCCGGGGUGGCGCGGGAGCGCUGGGCUGGGGCUGUGUGCCGGCUUGUUGUCAGAGGCACCGGAGUCUUUAGGAUAAGCUAGCGAACAGUGUGUGCGGCGGCGGCUCUCUGCACAUGGGCAUCGUGAGGCAGUGUGGACGGAUGCCCGUGCGCUGGCAAGAGCCCCUUCCCCUCACCUUUCCCUUCCAGCUCCCCUCGGCCCUCAGUUCCCAGCUGCCUCCUGCCGUGUCUUCUCCGGAGGCGCCCAGGCACCUGACGGCGCCCUGGCUGUGCUUUCUGACGGGACGGCGGUUAGCCCCUUGUGUCUGGAGAUGGAAGUCAGCGGUCAGUGCCUUCCAUGCCUUCUGAAACUCCAUCAACAAAUGUGUUUACACACUCACGCACCAGCUCUUUCGGUCGUUUCUUCAAAUAUUUUGUGUUUGUAUUAAAGAUUUCAGAGAAGCAAAACAAUGCUUUGUAC